AUGAAGUUUGGCGGGACGAAAUACGCAGACCGAGACACGAUGGAGAUGCUCCGCAUAGCAGACGAUGUCGAUGAGAUGUUCAACAAUCUCGGGAUCAGGGCACUGAUGUACACGCGGCACGAGUCUUACCGGAAGGCGUCAUGCCUUUUCCUCGCCACACUCGCUGACAAUCUCUGCGCCGCCGGCAAAUACACAUCUGACCGGAGCGACGGCUACAUUACUUUUGGGCCACUGGACGGAGGCACCAGCUUUCUUACAGAGAGGUCUAUCGAGCACUAUCUCUACCUCCGAGCAACCGCCACGGUCUUGAUGUCGACAGAGACGAGAUGA